AUGUCUUGACCUCCGUCGUGACGUCCGCAGCUCCUAGUGUUCGCGUAAAGCGAGGCUCAUAACCUCAACGGAUGUGGCGUCCUGCAGCAGCGGAGGUGGCAGUGCUGCUGUAGCUCGUAGACUUUGUAGUCUACCACAGAGGUUACACUGCUGUCACCGCUCUAUCACAGAGGUUGGUCUACACUGCUGUGAGAUCGAGGCCCGAGCGAGGUCUGGAAAGAGAAAAGUAGAUAGAUUUUCUUAUCAACUGACUUCCUGGUCAGGCUUUGAUGGGUGCUAGAUGAGAGUGAGCACAAGGGGCGAAGGCGCGCUUGUGUCUCAUCUCAACAACAAAACAAAAACAAAAAACAAGCAGCAAAAACACAGCAGGUUCCGAGGGUCUCCGGAGUNUGCUGAGUACCAUCUCUUCUUUCUGUAUUAUGUCUACGGAAGGCUAGUUGCCGCAGUCGCACCUAUGCAUUCCAUUGGAGGCUCCUACUUUGGCUGGGGUUGGCGAAGCCAAGCGGUGCAACGAUUGAAAAAUCAGACGCACGUCGGGACGCUCGCGACUCCCGAAGCACGCAGUCAAGGGGAGAAUGGUCUACACUGCGAAAUACUUGGACUGCUACAGCAAGGGUGUCUUGGGCGGCGUGUCCUCAGAGACGAGCAGGGGGCGAGAUCGGAGGAAGAGGUGUUUGUGCGUGGUGGUCUGUUGCUGAUGUGUGGGGAUGGACGCGGGCGCUCGAAAUGCCUAGGCACGAAGGCUCCGAACAACUGUUCCAAGUUCCCCUGCUCCUAUUGCAUGCACCGGCGCACUUGGGGCCGGACGAUGGACGGCUUCUCCGAGCUGGAAGCGCUUGCGGAUGAUCCCCUCCAACAGGAGGAACGCUCGAAAGAGUUGGGUCUGGUUGCACCGAACGCGUCCGGACUCAAGUUACCUCUGUACCAUGCCAUGCGCAUUGUUCCGGGGGACCACGUACCCGUCGAGCGUCUGCACUUCGACGCGCUGGGGCAAUGUCAGCUGUGCCAGGUUUUCUGCUUGGAACUACUCUCGAAGAAAGGUCGCCGGAUAGUCUCAGCCAUCAUGGCUCAGAAGUCGUCUUUGCUGUACCCACCCGGCACAUACAAGCUAAAGGAUAUCCUCNUGGAACUACUCUCGAAGAAAGGUCGCCGGCGAGUCUCAGCCAUCAUGGCUCACAAGUCGUCUUUGCUGUACCCACCCGGCACAGACAAGCUAAAGGAUAUCCUGACGGACUACCCAUCUCUCACUGGGAGCGACAAGUGGACGCUGCAAUCGAUCAUGCUCCUCGUGUUCCGAGUUGUGCUGCAGGAUAUCCCGUCCAUGGUGAGAUCUCAGUGUGACGUUUCGCGCCGACCUAACCCAAAGCACUUGCCGCAGAGGAGAAACAUGAAGAAGAGGGACAUGAAGGCGUUUAAAGCGGAGUGGGGAACGUACGAGUCUGUGUUGGACGCGCUACGGACGCUAAUUCAAAUGGUGUCUCUCCUGUCCUUCGCCCUCCGCGCGCCAUCAAACAACGACAAGGAACUACGACCACUCGACAACCUCGCGCGUGACGCGUAA